AUGGUUUUUCUACAUAAUUUUGGUUUCUCAUCAAGCCAGAGUUUCAUCGAACAUCCACAAGAUGAUUUCCAAAUCAAAGGUGGYACAGUAACRUUCAGUUGCCAAGCAACAGGUUUAGUUAAYGCAACCUAUUAUUGGCUGAAAGAUGGUAGUAAUGUGACUCGGGGUAACUCUUAUGUUAAUAGCAAGGCAUACCUAACUAUAACCAGAGUGACCUUUGAUGAUGCUGGGCUUUAUUCCUGCCGUGCCAGUAGUAAUACAGUCAUUAUCACAAGUAAUCAAGCAAGACUUACUGUGGAAGGAUCUCCUGAAGUAGUUCAACCACCUUCAGCUCAAUCUCCACAUGUUGGCCAAACGGCAUCAUUCACUUGCAAGGUUAUUGGAAAUCCUUUGCCAACUGUAGUAUGGUACUACAAAGGUGCUGUACUAUCAAACGGAGAAAGGAUAAAGAUAUUUGAUAAUGGAACCUUGAUAAUCAGUAGCAUAAUGAAGUCUGAUGCAGGACAAUACAAGCUCGAAGCAAAAAAUGACUUCGGUGUUACGUAUGCUUCUGUGGAGUUGACUGUUCUGGGUUUUCCAAGGUUCACAAUCUCUCCCUUCAACAAAGUAGUCAAAGAAAACCAAACAGUAAUUUUCAGCUGCGCAGCCACAAGUGAACCCUCACCGAUUAUACAAUGGCUCCUACCCAAUGGAAUAACCAUCACAUCACACUCAAUGCCUUCUGGGAACGUUCGGGUCCUAUCAAACAAUACUUUAGUUAUUGAUAAAGUCGCUGAAGUCCAUGGAGGGAUUUACAAAUGUGUAGCAACAAACUCUUUGGGAAGCAAGCAACAAAAAGCUUCUUUGUCAGUGCUAUUCUCUCCACGAUUUGCAUCCCACCUGCAAAACAUAACCAAAACACGUGGUCAAGAGUUAAGUAUCACGUGUCCAGCAAAUGGUAACCCCACGCCAAAAUUCCAGUGGAUUUUUGACGGGAAUGUCGUUGAGAAUCAACAGACGUUGACCAUACCAGCACUGACAGUCGACAACCAAGGAGAAUAUGUUUGUCGAGUGAAUAACAGCAUGGGCGUGGCCAGUAGCUCUUUUUAUUUGCGAGCUUAUACUCUACCAAAUAUUAUCACCGCACCAACCAACGUGACUGUCGCUAUCGGCUCUACAGCUAACUUUCACUGUCAAGCACAGGGAGACCCAACCCCUUCGGUCACAUGGUCAAAAUCCGAUGUUGUGAUUGGCUCAAGUGAUCGCUACUCUGUUCAUUCCAAUGGGACGCUUUCUAUCACCAAGGCAACUGGCUGUGACCAAGGGUUGUAUUCGUGCCGGGCAGAGAAUGCUGCUGGUCGAGAUGAAAGGAAGGCUUAUCUCGUGGUUACUGGUACUCAAGGCGUCACUGCAUUAGCUGUCUGUGCAGCUUUCCUAGGUGUGUCGUUGGUAGUUAUCGUCCUCUUGCUUCUUUACAUCUGGAGGAACAUUAAAAGAAAAGAUCCAACGGGAAAUACCGAAAGCGUAACCAGAAACGAAGCAGCUGAAGAUCAAGUUUAUGAAGUAUGUUUUUUGUUAAUUAUCAUAAUUUAUGUUUUCCAACCAUCAGUGCUAAUUACUCGGGGUUCCUGUGGAACGGCCCGAGUUAUAACAUUAUAAAAUGCAAGCCGUUAUUCUUCUUAGUCGUCAAAUCUGCAAUUGACCACUAUGGCGCAUGUGUCUUAUGCCGCUGUGAUGCAUCGAAGGUUCAGGUUUACGAAUUUUGCCGAUUGUCUUGCCGAUCAUUUGCCGAGUGAUGAAUGUAUUAUUGUUAGUGCGCAUGCCAUUCUGAUUCGAUGUACUAAAUCAUCGAAGGCUCUAAUCGCAUGGUUAUUAUUCAGC